CAUAAAGCCAAGCGGAGACGCUGGUGGGAGGGUUUAUUCCAGCCGGGCAGACAUCCGGACAGCAGUUCUGCACAUAUGGUCUAACUCGUCAGUUGGUCAAUGUUGCAGUGUGAAGUCUGCUUUACCCAGGCAGUUCACAGCUACGGUCAAGACGGGGUGAAGGGAGUCUGGAUGAAAAUAUUGUGAGCCAUGGCAUCUUCACUCAAGAGUUUGGUUAAUGAUGAUGACCGAUACCAGAAAUCCUUCCAGCUUUUUUUGGAGCGCUCGUCUGAACACCAGUGUAUGCAGGACUUCAUCCACAAUAAACUGCCAGAUAUACUGGCCAGCGUUGGAGAUGGAAAGUCACAUCUGAAUGUCAUUGGAGUUGGAAGUGGAGCUGGUGAGAUUGACCUAGAGAUGCUCUCUGAGCUCCAUAAGAAGCACCCAGGGGUGACGGUGGAUAACGAGGUGGUGGAGCCUAGCCGCCAGCAGCUAUAUAACUACAAAGUUUUAGUGUCACAGAAACCAGAUUUAGAUUACAUCAAGUUCAACUGGAACACGAUGACUGCCUCUGAGUUUGAGGAGCACUGGAAAGCCGAAAAGGCCACCAAGAAGGUGGACUUCAUUCACAUGAUACAGAUGCUAUACUACGUGAAGGAUCCCGAAGCAACUGUCAGAUUCUUCCAGAGUCUUCUUGGUAAAAAUGGGAAGCUUCUCAUAAUUCUAGUGUCUGGCAAGAGUGGUUGGGGGAAGCUAUGGCGGACCUACAGAGCACAGCUGUGUCAACCCGACAUAAGUCAGUGUGUGACCACUGGAGACAUCAAAAGCUUCCUGGACUCCAAGGGAGUGUGCUACCAGAGCUAUGAGCUGCCAUCUCAGAUGGAUAUCACCGAGUGUUUCACUGAAGGAGAUGAGAAAGGAGAGCUGCUUCUUGAUUUUCUCACUGAGGUGCUGGAUUUCAGUAACACAGCUUCACCUGAGCUCAGAGCUGGUGUCCUGGAGAUGCUUCGGCACCCAGGCUGUAGUGUAGAGUCCAACGGUAAAGUUAUCUUCAACAACAACCUUGAAGCAAUAGUACUAGACCAGCUCUCCUAAACAUGUACUGUCAGUAUAGUAAAUGUAAGCAGUAGGUGGAUCACAUUGUUUGAUUUAUUUUGCACUUGAUGUAUAUAAUAAGCUGGGUAGAGGAUAUCUACACACCUGCUUCCAUUUAUAUAUUUUGUCUACUUACUA